CAACCUUCAGAAAAGCAAUGACAUUGUGAGCGGGAUUGGAGAAACAAGAAGGAGGAUUCAGGUAUAAAGUGAUCUACAAACCUGACGCACACAAUGUCAAAUUAUAAACAGCUGUUUCAAGAGAAGAAAAAUCAGAACUGGUUAAAGGCGUCAGUUGCUUUUGACAUAACUAGAAAGGGAUUGAUACCUUUUGUGAAAUUAAUAGUGACGAUUUUGCAACAAACUAUUCUUGCAAAGGUUAAACGUAUCAACUUUUUGACAUCUGGGGCAACGUGCAACAUCUGUACAACGCCAAAUGUCCUGACGUGUAGAACUAGAGGUGUUUGUGGUAGCAGGGGACAUUUUCCAUGCAGCUAUCAUAAAAAUGCAAAACCCAGAAAAUGUCCUGCAAAUAUUUGCAACGCCUUUAUGUCGGAAAUCAAAGAUUAUCACCGAUUUAGAGGUCCGUCUUGGAAAAACACCAAUGCCAAUGCUUGGUGUUCCAAUCCGUGGGAAGUUGCAAAGUGCUUUCUUCCACCAGAUGGUUACUUGAAUGUCCAGACAGCAGAUGAUACAGAUAUCAAUGGCAUUAUUAGCUUCAUUAUUAAUUGCAAAUUCUCCCAAACUUACUUUACAGCCGAUCUAUCUAAAGAUCAAAAUAUCUGCACGACGGUGCGACAUGUCGGGAGGGGACUUCGCCAUUCUCCAAGUCCAGAGGUAACUGAUGCUGAUUUAUCAGAUUGCAUAGAUGCGUUGAAGGCGCUGCUGCAAGAUAGCAAACAUUUGGCGACAGAACCGUCAGCAAAGGAUGCACUGGCAAAACUAGCACAGUUAGAAAAUGACCAGUUGAGAAUAUCAACAGAUGAUCUGGAAAAUGUAAUUAGAAAUGCCAUAGCAACAACGAGUGAGUUGCUUCUGAAAGAACAUUGUCUUCAAAAGAAAAUGGAUGAGCUCAAAGUAUUUAUUCAAGUUGUAACCGAGGACGCAGUUCAAAAGAGUGCACACGCUGAAAAAGAAAAGGAUCUCAAACGUUACCGUUCAAAAUCUACAGCUUUAAAACAAGAUCUACAAAAGCAUUAUUUGGACAGCUGUUCUUCUUUUGACCUUGGACCGAUGUUUGCCACGGAUAGUCCUAACUUGGUUGAGGUGUACACACCUCCUCAAUUACUUAAAUUAAUUGUGACCAAAGUUCCUGAUUCAACGACUGGAGUCAACAGUAAAAUAGUUCGAUCUGAGGUAAAGAAAUUGGAUGAAGUUUUUCGAAAUACAGGAGAGCAGGCCAAACAUAUUUACAUAACUGCUAAAGCUGGAGUAGGUAAAUCAUCAUUCUGCAAAUUCAUUGCGCGUCUAUGGUGUGCUUUUCAGGCAAAUGAUAUAAAUGUUAUAGAAAUCCUAAAGUCAAGAGGAGCGGGAACGUAUUUGAAUGAUUGCGAGGAACUGCAGAACGUCCAAUUUGUUUUCUAUGCGCGUCUUGUUCAAUCUAAUUCAAGACUGUGUGAAAUGGAUGAUAUUGUUUAUCAUCAAAUAAUAAGACGGCUAUCGAGGUGUGAAUAUUAUGAUAUGAAGUUUCUACAAGAAAUUCUAGAUAAAGAACAUUGCCUGAUGAUAUUUGAUGGCCUGGAUGAAUGGAGCCAUCCUGAUGCGGAAAAAAAUGUUUGCUUUGCGGGAGAUACAGAGGCACCACAUGAAAGAAGUAGAGAAAAUUGCACCGUCAUGAUUACAUCGAGACAUUGGAAGCUUGGGUUGCAGAAAAUGGAUUCUAAAAAGACAAACAUUUGUGUGGAAAUAGAGGAAUUUGAUAACACAAAUAUAUGUCCACUGAUUGAACAAGCUUUUAAAUUGCUUGCCGGCGAUUUUGAACAAACAAAAGAUGUUGAAGAUUUUUUUUUGAAAAUUUUCCACAAAGAUAUGCGGAAUGUACUUAGCAGUACUCUUGUUGCAUUGCAGUUGCUGUCGUUGUGGUAUAAAGGUCACUCUCUCGGCGAGUCUAAAUGUCAAGUGUAUUGCAAUGUUUUAGAAAUGAUGUUUGCAAACGUCUUAAAACGAAAUCCCCAUGUACAAAACUAUCUUGUUGAAGAGCACCGAAAGGAUGAUUGUCUUAUGUGUUUACAAACCCGGCACAAUUGUAUGAGAUUCCAGGAGUACAUACGAAGCCUCGGCAAAAUAGCAUUUUUUUCCUUAUUUGAUUUUGAAACAUUGGAGCGCCAAAUGGAAAGAAAAUUUGCUACAUUAAUUUGUACUCGCAAUGUAGAAGAAAUAGGACUGCUUUCAGGACUGCUUUUGAAAAGACAGAUACACUCUUCUUCAGUAAAUCCACGAUAUGAAUACAGUUUUCUCCACAAAACGUAUCAAGAAUUGUUAGCUUGUAUCUACAUUGCAUCAAUGUACAAAAAGAAAGAACAUAAACUCAUAGCUCAUAUAAUAAAGCUUUCAAGCCAAACAUUAUCAUUCGAAAUGAUGCUGUUUCUGUGUGGUAUGCAUGGAAGAUGUGCAAGCGUUAUAUUUGAAAUCUACUGUGAUUUGCAAACAAACACGCUUUGUCAAAGACCAUCAAUUGAUCACCAUGAUGUAAGACUUUUUCGUGAAACUUGUGUGCGUAUUUGUAAAGAAAUGAAAACAGAAUAUGCAAUAAAAAGUCGCAUUUUACUGUUAGGGGAUCAAAUUUCGGCCAGAAGUACCAUCCCUUAUUGUAAAAGUAUACAAUUUUUGAUUUUGGAAUUAAACGACGAAAAUGAAAUUGAUAUGUUUGACAACAUUCAGAAAAUUGUGGAAAAUUGCAAAACCAGAAUGUGUUAUAUUCGAAUAAAAAAUAAUCUUUCCACGGACUGCGUGAAACCGCUGCAAAUUAUUAUUGGAUCAAUAAAUGCCUGUAUAAACUUGCACACACUUUAUCUUAAGAACUUAUAUAUCGAUGGAAUUAUGGAUCUAACUGCAUGCAGCAGUUUGUCAUGUCUGGAGUUCUCACAUCCAAAAACAGGGAAGCCAUUCAGAUUGAUUAUAUCACCAAAUCGGUUAAAAAUUUGUAGAAUUACGUUCGUAGAUUGUGAGGACUUGUCUGCUGUUAGGAUUAAAUGUACGUGUCCGUUUAAUUCAGAAGUACUGGAAUGCCUUGAACUUUGUAGUGUUAGACUCGAAGAUGAGUUACGCCUUUCAGAGUUUGUGAAGUUGAAAAGUGUGUGUCUAUUAAACGUUGACACAACCGAAAUAACUAUCAGAAACAGUGAAAUUGAGCACUGUGUGUUUGGGGGAACCACAGAUCCAGCAGUAAUUAAGGACGUUCUGAAGUCAAAAAGUUUAAAAACUUUGAGAAUAGCGUAUUUUGACGAUAAUGUAUGUUCGAGUCUUAACGAAACGCUAUCAUCGUCAGAGAACAUUGAAGAGUUAAGUUUCUUCCAUUCUUGUUCUCCUCUAAUACAUCUACAUAUGCCAAUAUCUGUCAGGGAAUUUGAAUUUAAGGGAGUUAUUUUAACGGCAAGUUUGCUAAGGCGGAUGAUAAAGAACAUCAAGACCAAACAUUCAGAUGCGCGGUUUUAUUUUGACACCUGUUAUCUUUCUCCAUCAGACGAGGUAACAAUAGAAACCAUUGUUGAGGAAAUAGAACAAUGCAGUCAGUGUAUUUUAAAUGAUAAGUGCAUUUUGCGUGAAGAUGAAAUGAAAACGUUUCCUACUGUUGGUGAAAUAAACGUGGCAAUGCUAGACUUUGAAAUCACGAGUUACAUGGAUACGAAUGCCAUUGAAUAUUAAAGAUUCGACUGCGCAGAAUUUGAGCUACUUCACAAGAUAAUAUUAUGUAGUAGUGUUGAUAAAUAAACUAACAUUACUAAGCUGAGAUAAAAAGUUGGAAUUAAGUUUCAUGUUUCACUGUUUUAUAUCAACAGGCAUGCUUUACAUAUAUUCGUAUAUGUCUACGAUAAUG